UCAUCAGUGGGAACGGGAACCAUUCGAUCCACUCCACUAUUUCAAAUCAUAAGCAACAAUUGUAAAUAAUUACUUAAUACGUUUUUAAGGAUCCCAUAUUGGUAUAACAGUUUAUGAAUCACCCUGGAUGUUUUAAUCUUUCAAUGUAAAUUACAGUUCCAAAACAUUUAAUGUGAAUCAAAUACGUUUCGUUUUGUGUGUAAUUCCAAGUAAUGGUCAUUUGAUAUCUACAUGAAUUACAUUUGGCAAUGUCACGAUGUGAUAGUAGUGGAAUUGUUUUACAACGCAGCCAUACUUGUAUUUCUGACUAUAGAUCAUCGGAGUUUACGCCGUUUGUUUAUUAUUUGGCGGACGUAAAGACACCGCAAAAUAAACAAUCAACGACAAUAACACGUCUUCCACCAACAGGCAAAAACAACAGUCUAGUAGGGAAUGGGGAUAUUAAUCCCCACCGUCUUCCACCAGCUAAUAAUAACAAAAGUUUAGUAGGAAAACCAAAUGGUGAUGUGACACACAAUAAUAACAAGAAAAACAAUGAGAGGAGACAGGAGAAACAUGUGUCUUCGAUACAUAAACCGGAUGUUGUGACUUCUCAAAGCAACAGAAGCCAAACGAGAGAGAAAAAUAGUGAUGCAGAAAGAAUGUCUGUUGGGAGUAAUAAUUCAAACAGAGUCCAUGCGACCAGAGACAGGAAUAAAAUUUCAUCGCCAAGAACUGACACAACAGAAUAUAGAAUUCAAAAUCCAAGGAGUAACCAAAGAGUGAAUGGACAACCAAUGUCUCCCAAAACAGAAAUGUCAACAAACUCGCGAACUAGUUCCGAGUCCAGAGGAAGGAGUAAAGAGUUUACUUUCCGAUGGAAUGCCCCAUCACGGAAUACUUCACCCGAAGCCACUGACAAAUCAAGCUCACCUCCAUUAAAACAGUAUAAACCUAGUGCUCAAGUCCAAAGUUUUUAUUCUUAUUUAUACGGAAGAUCAAAAAAGCGAAAGACCGCAUUAACAUCGUCUCCUAAACAUAAACCAAAAGAAAUUUUAAAGAAAAAUACAGAUGUGAUAAUUGAGAAAGAGCGGCCGCAAUCAUUUGUGUUUCUCCGCAGUAAAACGGUUAAAAGAAGUGCUUGGGAUACAGAGCCCGCCGAAUUAACUUAUAAACCCUCAACGAAUGGACCUGAGGAAAUUUCGCAAGCCUAUGUUGGCGAAGAGUCUAUUCGUGAAGCCGAAAUGGCAGCUAAGCUACAGGAAAUGGAAAAAGGUCAGACUAAACCAAAGGAAAACAAUAAAGUUGUUCAAAAACGGUCUAAAAUUCCUCCUUGGUAUGAGAAAGAGUAUGUACUGAAUAGGAGACAAGCCGGUGUAUAUAGAAAUAUGUCCAAUACGUACGGCAGUGAAUCCAAAAAGCAUCGAGAACAAAGGUUCGUCCAGAGACUUGCCGAGUAUGAGGUGUAUAAAGCGAAACAACAGUGGGAAGAAUUGUUGGAAAAAGACCGAAGAAAACGAGAAACGAAAGAAAGACAAGUUUUACAGCUAAAUGAAUUACGACAACGAUUCGAGGACGAAGCUUACCACCGUUUUCAUACACAGUACGUCACUUCUCGCGUCCUUGAGCACGAGAAGAUGAAUCGUGAUGAAUAUGGAUUACCAGAAGACAACGAAGAAGACCAAGAACAACGAACAUUUAUUAAAAGGAAAAAAGCAGUUGUUCCGAAAUCCCUCAUUACAGAAGACAUGAUUCAGGAUAUUUACAAGAAGAAAUUCAAUAAAAUUUUCGAUGUUAACAAAGGGCAAGGUCUUGGCAGACGACCGAAAACACCAAAAAUGGAAGGCAUCGAUACAGUUGUACUAGAAGAGACGGACAAAAAAGAUAUUGAGAGGCAACCUACACGUAUACAGGGUUCUGGAAAUACAAAAGAGAGAAAGAGAAUGGUUAAAGAGGUUAUCAAGGCAGCGGAAAAACAACUUGAAGUUAAUAAAAAAGAGACAAGAAAACUUUCUAAUGAUGCCAAAAAGGAAGAAUCGCAGACGCCUUCUAUGAAGGACCUUGACCUUGAUGACGACAGUGAUGAUGACGAUAUGGAUGACAUUUUCGAAAAAGCCAGGAGAAAAUAUGACUUAGAUGUUGAUGAUUAGAUGCCAUAGUUAAUUUAUUUAAAUUAUUUUCUUAACAGUAUAUAUAUUUAUCAUAAUGAGACUGUAUUCCGGAAUGUGCAUGCAUGGAGUCGUUCAGAAAAAAAACCCAGCUGUAUAUGUAUGGUGUAUCGCCUUUCUAAAAUAAAGUACGAUCAUUGUAGGAAGAAGCGGUAUUUUUAUUUUUUUAGAUAUAUUUUGAUAACUGGAGAAGAUGUUACAAUGAGAUAGAUUCAAAUUAGUUUUGAAACACCUUCGCCUCCAUUGAUAAUUAAUUUUAUGUGAAGGCCAGUAUGACCUCAAUAUGGGCUUCCUCAAACAAUUAUUGCCCUACUACCUCUGAAUACUGUCAAAGUUCUUCAAGAACUAAUAUUUGAAUUUUAUUUAAGUGUCAAUAUCAAAUAAAUGUAUAUAAGUGAAUUACACUUAACGGUUAUAUCUAUAAUAUACCAUGCAAAACAGUCUUAUAAGUAAAGGUACAGUGCCAAAGAAUUGUAUUUCCAUGUCACCAAAGGAACACUAAAUAUUAAGUAAAAUUGUAUGUAUCUGAUAAAUUACUCUUUGUAUUCAUAUUUUUAAGUAUGUUUAAAGUGCAAUGCUUAGGAAAUAAAAUAUUCUUCUUUCAA